GCGCCUACUACCACCGCGCCUGCACCGGCAUCUACGACUAUCGCACCGGCGACAACCACCGCCACUGCACCGACGACGACCGCAAAUAUCCAGCGCGGUGAGCCCGACGUGCCCACUUCUCCACGGACGCACCGCGCGUCGGUGUAAAGGGUAGACGCCGAUCUAUGCUUUCCGUUCUAUGCUCUCAUCGCCUAUGCGGUCCUUCUCUCGAUAUGCUACAUCAUCUCCUCUCCGACCUCACCCCUCCGCCUCCUCGUCGACGAUCCAUGGUCACCGUGGUGAUGGUGUGAAGGUAGCAGUCGGUUGGAUCGCCGCCAACAGCUUGAGGGCCUACACCAACAAAACAAACCACCGCUGCCACCCCUACCCGCGCUCGAUGCUGCGCUUGACGCUCAGGCUGGACGCCCCGCUCGAGCUGAGCUCGAUGCUGCGCUCGGGCUUGACGCUACUUAUGUGUCUCUGUUCUUGUUUGAUAGUCUUUUACAGAACUUACACACUCCGUGUUCACGUCUCUUUACACGGCCGCGCCACAUCCUUCGUUGUUCUGCAUCCUAAUUACACUCUUAUGCGUUCACUUACACUCUUAUGAGCUCACUGACUUCCACGAACUCACCUACACUCAUGCGCCCACUUACACUCCCGAGCUGACUUACACUCCCGAGCUCGCGCUCGAAGCUCAGCCAUAACCUCUCAUCUACUUACACAUCUCGCCUCGGACUCGCUCACGUAUAUAUCCGCACGACUGCCUAGAUACCUCUCCUCUCUGUUCUCGGGGUCUUGAAGACGCUGUACUUGUAGCUGUGUAUUUCUCGUCUGCAAUGAAUGAUGAUGAACAUGAUGGGCG